UCAACAUGCGGCAGCGAUGUGUUGACUUCAGCUAACGUGUGAACUGAGGAAUAAGUCAUUUACAUCAUCAUAACUGUCAAUAUUUUUCGUUUUUGGCAUCUCUCGUGAGCAACAUGGCAAAUCCCAACCUCCAAUUCAAAACGAAUUAUACUGUUUCCAGCAAGAUUGAACCAUUUUACAAGGGAGGAAAAGUGCAAAUCAGCAAAGAUGAAAAAUACAUCUUUUGCACUUGUGGAUCUCGUGUCAAUGUUUUGGAGAUCAGCACAGGGAAGACUGUCCACAGUGUUGAGCAUGACGAUCAAGAGGACAUCACAUCUUUUGCACUCAGCUGUGAUGAUGAGCUGCUGGUCACAGCUAGUAGAGCUCUGUUACUGAAGCAGUGGGACUGGAAACAAGCUCAGUGCACUCGCUCCUGGAGGGCCAUUCACACUGUUCCUGUAGCCAGCAUGACCUUUGACUCCACCUCUACCCUCCUGGCCACAGGUGGCUGUGAUGGCACUAUAAAGCUUUGGGAUGUGGUGAAGCAGUACUGCACCCACAACCUUAAAGGGUCCUCAGGCGUUGUACACCUGGUCCAGUUCCACCCGGACAUCAGCAGGCUGCAGCUCUUCUCCUCCUCUCUGGACUGUGGCAUUCGGCUGUGGGACCUGCGCUCCAGUCAGUGUGUGUGUGUGCUGCAGAGCCACUACAGCGCCGUCACCUCCCUCAGCUUCAGCCCCGACGGUGGCACCAUGGUCAGUUCUGGCAGAGACAAGAUCUGCACAGUCUGGGACCUGAAGAGUCAGAAAGCCAAGAGAACUGUUCCGGUCUAUGAGGCUGUGGAGGGUGUUGUGCUUUUGCCUAAGAAUAAAGACUUCUCUGAGAUCGGAGUGAAGAGCAAGGACUUGCAUUUCAUCACAGCUGGCAGCAAAGGUGUUUUGAGAGUGUGGGAGGCCAGCACGGCGCGAUGUGUCUACACCCAGACCCUCACCACUGCCUCAGAGGAGGAGGAGGAGGAGGAAGAGAAGGACGACGACCCCCGCAGUCUGAUGUACCUUCUUCACCUGCCCGCCUCCUCCAGGCUGGCCACAGUCACAGCAGAACACAACAUACUGCUGUACCAGCUGCCUGGUCUCACCACACAGCAGCAGUUUGUGGGUUACAGUGACGAGGUGCUGGACGUGAAGUUUCUGGGCAAAGACGACAGCCACAUCGUGGUGGCCACCAACAGCUGCCAGCUCAAGGUGUUUGAGCUGCUCACCAACAGCUGCCAGAUCCUGUAUGGACACACAGAUACUGUCCUCUCAUUGGACGUGUUCAAAAAGGGCUUUCUCUUUGCAAGCUGUGCAAAGGACAGGUCAGUGCGUGUGUGGCGGAUGGACAGUGACAGUGGUCAGGUGCACUGUGUGGCCCAGGGCUCCAGCCACACGAACGCCGUGGGCUCCAUCACCUGCUCCAGGAUAAAAGCGUCGUUCAUAGUGUCUGGCAGUCAGGACUGCACAGUAAAGGUGUGGGAUCUGCCCGCAGACUUGUCUACGACAGGGGCGGACAUACAUCGGCUGACCCCCCGCGCCACAGAGAAGGCACAUGAUAAGGAUGUAAACAGUGUGGCGGUGUCGCCCAAUGACAAGCUGCUGGCCUCGGGCUCCCAGGACCGCACGGCCAAGCUGUGGUCGCUGGCGGGGGAGGGGAACGUGAGCCUGCUGGGGGUGUUUCGGGGCCACCGUCGCGGCGUCUGGGCCGUCUGCUUCUCUCCCGUCGACCAGGUGCUGGCCACGUCCUCCGCGGACGGCACCACCAAACUGUGGAGCCUGCAGGACUUCAGCUGCCUCAAGACGUUCGAGGGUCACGAUGCGUCCGUUUUGAAGGUCGUCUUUGUGAGUCGAGGCACUCAGCUGCUCACCAGCGGCUCUGAUGGUUUAGUAAAGCUGUGGACCAUAAAGACCAAUGAGUGCGUGAAGACGCUGGACGCCCACCAGGACAAAGUGUGGGGUCUCCACGGCAGCCGCAAAGACGACAAGAUGGUGACCGGCUCUGCGGACUCUAACAUCACCGUGUGGGUGGAUGUGACUGAGGUGGAGCUGGCAGAGGAGCAGGCCAAGCAGGAGGAUCAGAUACUCAAGCAGCAGGAGUUGUCCAACCUGCUCCAUGAGAAGAAGUAUCUGAAGGCGCUGGGUCUUGCCAUCUCGCUGGACCAGCCUCACACCGUGCUCUCUGUGAUCAAAGCCAUCCGUCAGGUGGAGGAUAGCCACGAGCUGUUGGAGAAGACGGUGCUGAAACUUCGACUGGACCAGAAAGAGUCGCUGCUGCGCUACUGCGUGGUGUGGAACACCAACGCCAGAAACUGCCACGAUGCUCAGGCCGUCCUGCAGGUGCUCCUCACGCACCUGCCGCCCGAGGAGCUGCUGCAGUACCAGGGCGCCCGAGCCCACCUGGAGGGACUCAUCCCGUACACAGAGAGACACAUGCAGAGGAUCGGACAUCUGCUGCAGGCUUCCAUGUUCUUGAACUACAUGUGGCAGAAGAUGAGAGUGGCCGGAGCGCCGUCCAGCAUGGACCAGGAUGAAGAGAUGGAUACCACUCCUCUCGCUCAGCCGUUCUUCAUGAUUGACAAGGAGAAAGGAAUGGGCAGCGGCGAUGAGGAGAGAGGAGGUGGAGACGACAGCGACAGCGGGCAAGAUGAAGACCCAAAUUGCCCAGUUGAAGAGGAAGAGGAAGAGGAGGAGGUCAGUGCCGCCAAGAAAGCCUCAGCCACCAAUGGGCGAGUAGAAAACGGAGAGGGCGCCAAAACGAAUGGCAACCACCACUCUGGAAGUGAGGAGAGUUCAGAGGAGGAAGACCUGGAAGAAGAUGAGGAGGAGGAAACGACAGUGAAAGCGGUGAAGCGCCUCCCAGUUUCCUCCUCUGCACCACGCCAGACGUUCGCCAGCUGACAGGGAUCUGCAGGCUGACAGCAGGAGGUCGCCUUGUCUCGGACCAUCAGCUGGAGCGACACACUGAGUGUGCGGCAGUGCGGGAGGAGACGGAGGGAGGCCAGCGUGGAGUCAUGAUAAUACAGAUAAUUGGCCUCUCUGUGCAUUCCCCGACUCAGCAGCUCAGGUGUAAAGACUCUCUGCCUUGGUGUCAAUAAAUUGUACAUCAGGAGGAGCAGCUGCAGGGACGGAAAGACUGAAGGGAGAAGCUGCAUUAGCUUUCAGGCAUUCGUCCCCGACUACAUUGUCUGCUUCUGCAAUGUUGCGCAGUCCUGAUCUACCGGCUCGACCGCAACACAAAAGGCUCCUUACAUAACGUGGGCAUUUUAUAUGUCAUGACCACAUAUGAUUAUAUAAUAAAAGUAUGUUCUUUGUGAUUUAAAUUGCCCUGAUGAUUCAUCGAAAU